CUAUCACUGCUCAGGACUUACCGCUCUCCUGGACAGCACAGCUUCUCAGGGGUCCCUGCUGUUGCUGGCUGAGCGUUGCUGGUGCUGGCUGAGCGUUGCUGGUGCUGGCUGAGGGUUGCUGGUGUUGGCUGAGGAUUGCUGGUGUUGGCUGCUGGUGUUGCUGGUGUUUGCUGAGGGUUGCUGGAAGGAUUGGGAUGUGGAUGUGCAGAGCUGGUGAUGCUCAGUCCCACUCUGGGAAGGGUGUUCUGCUGAAGGAGUUGCUCCUGUCUGGGGCUGGAAGGGUCUGAGUUGCUCCACUUUGGGGGAUUUGUGGCUUUUCCUGGAGAUCAGAAAAUGUGGUUUGUUUGUCAGACUUUGCUGUGGAUAGUUCCUGUCUGUAUCUACCCCAUUCUAGGGUCCAGACCUCGAAUUGAAGACUUCCCUCCCCGAAUUGUGGAACAUCCGUCCGAUCACAUUGUGUCCAAGGGAGAACCUGCAACUCUGAACUGCAAAGCCGAGGGCCGCCCUACGCCAAUUAUUGAGUGGUAUAAAGAUGGCGAGAGGGUGGAGACGGAUAAGGACGAUCCUCGCUCACAUCGUAUGCUUUUACCCAGCGGCUCCCUUUUCUUUCUCCGGAUUGUUCAUGGUCGACGGAGCAAACCUGAUGAAGGGAUAUAUAUUUGUGUUGCAAGAAAUUAUUUGGGGGAAUCCGUCAGUCGAAACGCAUCUUUGGAAGUAGCAAUAUUACGCGAUGAUUUCCGGCAAGCUCCUGGCGAUGUUGUGGUGGCAGCGGGAGAACCGGCCGUCAUGGAAUGUAUUCCUCCUAAGGGCCACCCUGAGCCCACCAUUUCCUGGAAGAAAGAUAAUGCCCGUAUCAGCGAUAAGGACGAGCGGAUAACGAUUCGAGGAGGAAAACUAAUGAUUUCCAACACGCGGAAGAGUGACGCUGGAAUGUACAUCUGUGUGGCCACAAACAUGGUGGGAGAGCGCGAUAGUGAGCACGCGCAGCUUAUCGUCUUCGAGCGCCCCACGUUUAUUAGGAGACCCAUAAACCAGGUCGUGCUGGCUGAUGAUAUCGUGGACUUCCACUGCGAGGUGCAGGGUGAUCCUGCUCCCACUACUCGAUGGCGUAAAGAAGAGGGAGAACUGCCGCGGGGCAGGUAUGAGAUACGUAGUGAUAGUACACUGAGGAUCUCCAGGGUCAACGCCGACGAUGAGGGGACGUAUACCUGUGUCGCAGAGAAUAGGGUGGGCAAAUCGGAGGCAUCGGGCUCUCUCGGCGUUCAUGUUCCACCUCAACUCGUGACACGUCCUCGUGACCAAAUAGUGGUGCAAGGGCGAACCGUGACCUUUCAGUGUGAAACCAAGGGCAAUCCUCCUCCUGCUGUGUUCUGGCAAAAAGAAGGAAGCCAGAUACUGCUUUUCCCGAGCCAGCCGCCCCAGACCGUUGGACGUUUUUCAGUGUCACCAAGUGGAGAACUUACCAUAAUCGAUGUUCAGAUGGGCGACUCCGGUUAUUACAUGUGCCAAGCCAUCAGCGUGGCGGGAAGCAUUCUAGCAAAGGCACUUCUGGAGGUGGAAGAUGUGACGUCUGACCGAAUUCCACCGAUUAUUCGUCGUGGUCCCGCCAACCAAACAGUUACCAUUGACUCGGUUGUACAGAUGCAGUGCCACGUGUCUGGUAACCCCCUCCCCAGCAUUCACUGGUUAAAAGAUGGCCUACGAAUUGCAGCGAGCGACCCCCGAUUUGGCAUUCAGGAUAAUGGGACUUUGCAGAUCACCCAUUUACAGGUGACAGAUUCGGGGAUGUAUACCUGCGUGGCCACUAGUUCAGCUGGAGAGACCACGUGGAGCGGUUUCCUGGAGAUUCAAGAAAAAGGUUCCGUAAUACAUGUGCAACUCUCAGAACCAAACCUUGUUCCUGGAUCCCCAUCCAAACCUCUUGUGACCAACGUUACCAAAAGCAGCGUUACGCUAACAUGGCAGCCAAACCCUCGGUCCGGAAGCACGCCAGUUUCAGCCUAUAUUAUUGAAGCAUUCAGCCAGUCAGCAGGCAGCACAUGGCAAACUGUUGCAGACAAUGUGAAGAUGGAAAAACACACAGUAACCGGACUGAACCCAAAUACAAUUUAUCUCUUUAUUAUCCGAGCGAUGAAUGUGUACGGUCUGAGUGACCCCAGCCCGAUAUCGGAACCGGUGCGGACCCAAGAUGUUAGUCCCACCAGACAAGGAGUGGAUCACCGGCAAGUCCAGCGGGAGCUCGGGGAAGUCAUCGUCCAACUACAGAAGCCAGUCAUUCUAACAUCAUCAACUCUCCAAGUGACGUGGACGGUUGAUCGCCCGGCGCAGUUUAUCCAGGGGUACCGAGUGAUGUAUCGGCCCAAAUCCAGUGUUUGGGUUGUGCAGGAUGUCAAGACGCCUGCCGAACGCAGAGUCAUCCUCGUGGACCUCAAGAAAGGCACAGAGUAUGAGAUUAAGAUCCGGCCGUAUUUUGACGAGUUCCAGGGAAUGGAUAGCGAUGUGCUGUUAGUACGAACACCAGAAGAAGUUCCCAGUGCGCCGCCUCAGUCUGUUACCGUGGCAACAGUCGGAAGUAAUAACAGCACAAAUAUUAGUAUAACGUGGGAACCGCCUCCUGUGGAACAUCAGAAUGGAAUUAUUCAGGAUUACAGGAUUUGGUGUUUGGGAAAUGAAACCCGAUAUCAUAUCAAUCAAACUAUUGAUGGGGCAAUUCACUCAACGGUUAUAAAAGGACUCGCUCCAGGAAUUCUUUACCACGUUGAAGUCGCUGCAGCAACCAGUGCUGGUUUUGGUGUUAAAAGUCAGCCAAUCACAGUCCAGAUAAAGCCACCGUCAGAGCAAAGUCCGGCUAACAGCGAGGGGACGGUCAGCCUGACAGAGCAGAUCACGGAUGUCGUUAAGCAGCCAGCGUUUAUCGCUGGGAUUGGUGGUGCAUGCUGGGUAAUCCUGAUGUGCUUUAGCGUUUGGAUCUAUUGUCGUAGAAAGAAGAGGAAGGAACUCAGUCACUAUACAGCUUCGUUUGCCUACACCCCAGCAGUUUCCUUUCCACACACGGAGGGCACGGCUCAUAUUACUGCAAGACCGGCCAUGUUGGCGACAAGUGCUUCAAAUUACCCCUGGCUCGCAGAUUCCUGGCCGGCCACCAAUUUGCUGAGAAAUGGAAAGCCCAAAGACCCAGCCAUGAAUUGCUGCACUGGAAAUCACAAUCCCUCAGAGAGAUACUACAACGAGGCGGGGAUUUCAAACUAUAUUGCCCAGACAGAAAAGUUUGGAACGGGGGUGUCCGAUGGUCCCAUUUACAGUACGAUUGAUCCCACCAGCGAUGAUAUGAGAACUUUUAACAGUGCCUUUUCCCAACAUACCACCCCAUACGCCACCACGCCGAUUGUACCCUAUGGUGGACAGAAUCUUCACUCACCAGAGAUGGAAGACAACCAAUGGGUAGUUCAGGCGGGCACGUCUGGCGUUCUCUAUGCCCAACCAGAUCGGAACAAGGCAGACCAUAACGCUGCCAAGUCUGUAAAACAGAAAUCUAUGGGAAAACCUGUGAAAACUCCUUCGCUAAACUGGACUGAGAUCCUGCCGCCUCCGCCGCCUGCCAACGAGCUCAGCCAAUAUCAUGAAGAAGACACAGAUGUCGAAAUGACCUCAGACACUGAUGAAUGGUGCCCCCCAUUACCUGAAAGAACGUACCUAAUGGAAAACAUCCCUGACCCUCCCCCGAGAUGCGAAGCGUCAUCACCGGCUCAUUCCUAUGGCCAACAGUCCACAGCUACCCUGACCCCAUCUCCCCGAGACGAGACCGACAUGUCAGAAGACAUCCCGCGGCUACAUCAGUACGAACUGUCCCAUCAGCCCAGGCGAAUACCGGGAGGCUCUGUACCUGUACCCAGGGUCCCUAGUCCCCCUCUCACACAGUCGAAUCCGAGUCUCAAUACUUCAGCAGAAAAUGGGGAGCCCCAGCGGCUGGGGCACCGGCGAAAUCUAAGUCAGAAUCCAGCUCUCAGCUCCGACAAUGUCAACUUUCCCAAUUCAGGAAAGCCGCAAGCCUCUGUGGGGGAUAACGUUAGCACCCCGCCUGGCCUUAAAUCCCGUGGAAAGAAGAAGUCCAAAUCUGGCCACUAUCGUCGGGAAGCAAAGCAAGGAGAUCUCCCUCCGCCUCCAGAGCCUCCACCAGCAGACGGCGAGUCAGCAUCCCCCCACAAUAAUGGGCCUCGCAUGGAAUGCUCUGCAUCCUCUUUGGAAAGAGAAACAGGUGCUACCUCUUCAGUCGAGAGAAGAAACGGGGGGCUGCAUCACCGGGGGGGUGCCAGUCACCCACUCUCUCACCGAGAAGAUGAAGAAAUCAUUCCAUACAGUAAACCGACCUUCCUGUGCCGGAGUCAGAUGUCCAGCAAUUGUUCCACAGCAGGAAGCAGUUCAUCCCGGGGAUCCGCUGGAUCGAGGGGUCACCCAUCUGGGCGAAGCAAAAAAGGAGAUCGGAAAGAGGACAAAAGAUGAAACCUGCCAAUAGUGAACUUCGUUGAUUAAACUCUGGGUCUGUUAAGAUAUUCUACAUGAAAAACAUUCGAGAAAAGACACUUUAGUGGUUUUCAAGUAUUUUCAAUUUGUUCGUUAUUUAUGACAUAUUUUUUUCUGGACGUUUUGGUUCUCCAGUUUUCCAUGUAAAUACGCCUGUUUCUUGGGAGUCAGCGGAACCCAAGAAAUUUACUAUAUUUAUAAACUAAAAACUCAAGGUUGUACAUUAAAAUGUUACUGUUUCGAAUGUGCCAAGUUUUAUAGCAAGUACGAUACAUUUGCACUCAAGAGAAAAAAAAAAGUGACUGAAAAUAAGCACAAAGUUGUGUUGCAUGCGGUCUCUUCACGCAUGGAAGGUUUCAGGAUGCCAACAAGCGGAACACACCCACACCUGGAGCAAGAUCUCCCGUACAGACAAACUCCGACACUUACACAGAGCCAGGCGGUUUGGAAAAUCGUGGCAACUGACAGUAUGGUUACAAUUGAAUCCACGCAAUAUGUGCGGACACACAAACCUGAUAGCUUGCCCGUGGCUGUCUGACUGAUAAAGACCACGACAAGGUGCAGGAGGGACUAUAAAAGCAGGGCUACAAUUCAAUCUAUGCACCCCUAGGCACUGGGUCUUCCACCUCAAGGCUUCUGUGCGCGGCUUGAAGAAAAAGGUCACAGUGGUCCUUCAAAAAUCUCAAUUAAGAGAUUAUUUCUGCUGAUGUUAGAGCUGGGAAAGUAGAAUGGAGGGAAAUUUCACUAAAAAAGGUUCGGAGUGUAACAUUUAACGGUGGUUGUUUGUGGACGCUAUGUGACACAGCCGGUCUUGGUAAGAAGUUACCGGUGUUUUGUUUGACCAUAGUCUGCCAUGAGCCCCCUGUGUUGGCUUUUAUAACAGAAAAUGAAUACUUUCAUGGGGAUCAGGGAAUAAUUUUGUAUGCUUCGAAUAAAGAUUUUUGCUAAACCUUUUAAA